GCCAUGGCCUCGCGGCUCCUGUACCGGCUCCGGCACGCCCUGGCCGGCGACGGCCCCGGGGAGGCGGCGGGCGGCCCCGAGGCCGAGCAGUUCCCGGAGAGCUCGGAGCUGGAGGACGACGACGCCGAGGGCCUGUCCUCCCGCCUCAGCGGCACCCUGAGCUUCACCAGCGCGGAGGACGAGGACGAGGAGGACGACGAAGAUGACGAGGCGGCCGGCCCCGACCCGCUGCCCCCUGCGGACGGGGCGUCGGGAGAAGACGCAGAACGGAACCCCUCACCUGAAGGGCAGCGGGGCAGUCAUCUCCUGGCCCGGCAAUUGCAGGAUUUCUGGAAGAAGUCCCGGAACACCCUGGUACCCCAGCGGCUGCUCUUCGAGGUGACCAGCGCCAACGUGGUCAAGGACCCCCCCUCCAAGUACGUGCUCUACACCCUCGCCGUGAUGGGGCCAGGGCCACCAGAUCGCCAGCCAGCCCAGAUCUCUCGCCGCUACUCAGACUUUGAGCGGUUGCACCGAAACCUGCAGCGGCAGUUCCGGGGCCCCAUGGCUGCCAUCUCCUUCCCUCGUAAGCGCCUGCGCAGGAAUUUCACUGCAGAGACCAUUGCCCGUCGCAGCCGGGCCUUCGAGCAGUUUCUGAGCCACCUGCAGGCAGUCCCCGAGCUGCGCCAUGCCCCAGACCUGCAGGACUUCUUCGUGCUGCCAGAGCUGCGGCGGGCACAAAGCCUCACCUGUACUGGCCUCUAUCGUGAGGCUCUGUCACUCUGGGCCAAUGCCUGGCAGCUGCAGGCCCAACUGGGCACCCCUUCUGGCCCAGAUCGCCCUCUGCUGACCCUGGCUGGGUUGGCUGUGUGCCACCAGGAGCUGGAGGACCCUGGGGAGGCCAGGGCCUGCUGUGAGAGGGCUCUUCAGCUGCUUGGGGACAAGAGCCCCCACCCUUUGUUGGCACCCUUUCUGGAAGCCCAUGUCAGGCUCUCCUGGCGCCUGGGCCUAGACAAACGCCAAUCAGAGGCACGGCUCCAGGCCCUGCAGGAGGCAGGCCUGACCCCCACGCCACCUCCUAGUCUCAAAGAAUUGCUCAUCAAGGAGGUACUGGACUAACCUUGCCUAGACUUAAGGUCACCCUGAGAAGAGGCACUGCCCCAGGAUGGCAGGGGAGGGGGGCUGAUGCGGACCUGAACAGCAGCUGGGAGGCUGCACAGGGUGCCGGGAAGCCCUAGGAGUACCACAGAGAAUGUGUAGCAGACCGAGGAAACAUGGUUCUUCUGCUGGGCUGGGCUGGGCUCAGAAACAGCUUUGGCUGGGGAUGCCUGGGAUGGUGCAGGGAGGAAGUCUGAUGCACUCUCUUCAGCUUAUGAACAGCUGGGGGCUGUGCCCCAGGUCAUGGUCAGUGUUCUCUUUUCCUUGGGCCUCCAAGCCAGUGAAGCAGCCUGGACAAACCAAGGGCCAGGAACUCUGCUUCUGGCUGGAGGGGCUGCAGUUCUGGCCCAGAGAAUUAAAGGCCAGCAGCUCCAGUGGUAUCAGUCUCUUUAUUGGAUGUUAGGCCCAGAAGGCCCAGCCCUCAUCUAGAACUCCCGCCUCAGGAGCCUGGGGAGAAGGGAGAUCCUUCAAGCCCCAGGCCAAGCUGGUACCUCUGGCUAUAGCUUGCUCUCUGAGACCUGGGGUUUCACUCGAAUCACGCCCUCCUGGGCACAGGAUACAGCCAGGACCCCAUCCCGACGCCACAGCUGCCCACGGACCAGCCCCCGGGAGCCACCUGUGGGCGAGGAAAAGGGUAAGAACGGCCUUCUCUCCUUCAGCACAGCCAAACAGGCUUCUUGAAAAGGGUGCAGUCCAGGUUGGGCUGCCCCGUACAAGGGCACACUGAGUGUUGUGUCCCUUUAUGAGCCUAGCAUGCUCUGUCAUCAGAGGGUAACUCCUCCCAUGGACAGUUUAGAAGCACUUUCACAUAUUCUCUGGCUUCCUCAAAAAUCACACAGUGGGGAGUUCUGAGUCUCGGUAGCUUGGCUAAGCUGAUCACCCCACCUCUGGCCACUUGUGUUAGGAAACCCAUCAGUUCCCUUUAUAAUAAAUCAAAUCAGUCCCUCCAGGCUGGUAUUAUAUGAAAACACCCCAACUGUAAGGGGAUUAAGGGGUUUGGGGUAGCUGACCUGGGGCCAUGAAGCCUGGCCACUCCUCCCUCCCCACCUGUAUAUUUUCUCUCCCUUGCUAGCCUUGGGCCCGAGUUUGGUGUUUAUGAAGGGAGCUGCUGGUUGCCCUUCGGCAUCGUACAGCUCACUUAGUCCUCACAGUAGCAAAGUGAAGCGGGGCUUGUCCCCUUUUCCAAAUGAUGAGCCUGAAGUUCAGAGAGGCACAGGAACUUGGCCUUAAGAAUCAGGCCAAACCCAAGUGUCCUAACUUCAAGGUUGCUGAUCCUGUACUAUGAUGCUAUUGGCACUUGAGAGUCCCCCUUCCCUGAAUACAGAGUCCCUUAAGUUUUGUCUCCGUUUUU